GUUUUUUCUUUAAUUUUCUUGCUGAAUUACCAUUGUUAAUAUAUAUGCUAAAUAUAGUGCAUAAUGACUAUCCCAAAAAGGGUCCUAGUCUAGUACAGUAAUACGCUCCUACUAGCUAAUAAUGCUAAAAGCCGUACCGAUUCUUGGUUCAUGUUCUUCAGCUUCAUCGUCUGGGUUGGUGGCUUCUCUCUCCCAGAGAUUGAAAUUGAAGAAGAAGAAGAAGGCAAUCCUCCUCCAUCCCAGUUGUGCUUGUGGGUUUUCUUUGAUUUCAAGAACAUCCAUAGCCCCCAAAACAAUCUCAUUAUCAUCAAGAAAAUCAACCUCCCCAUUUCUUCUUCCAGCUCACAAGUACAAUCAAAAGGGCUAUUUCUGCAAUUUCAGAGUUUCUGGGAUGUCUCUUGCUCAUAAUGAAUCACCGCCCGAUGGCACUUCGUCAUCAUCACCAUCAUCAGUUACAAUUCACUCUUCAACUGGCAGCACCCGCAAGAUCAAUUUCUGUCAAUCAUGUGGUGGCCCAACAAAACAUGAGAUACCAAAUGGAGAGGAGAAUAUGAGGGCAGUUUGCACUGUUUGCGGAAAGAUUGCAUACGUGAACCCAAAAAUGGUCGUAGGUUGUUUGAUUGAGCAUGAAGAUAAGAUACUGCUAUGCAGGCGAAAGAUCCAACCAUCAUAUGGCCUUUGGACGCUUCCUGCUGGUUACAUGGAGAUGGGCGAAUCUGCUGCUGAUGGUGCAACUAGGGAAACAUGGGAAGAGGCAAAUGCAGAAGUGGAUAUUUUGUCCCCCUUUGCACAAUUGGAUAUACCUCUUAUAGGUCAGACAUACAUCAUUUUUCUAGCUAAGUUGAGGAGGCCCCACUUUUCACCAGGUCAAGAAUCAUCAGAGUGCAGGCUCUUUGCACUAGAUGAUAUUCCAUUUGAUUCCUUGGCAUUUUCAUCGAUGUUGGUUACCUUAAAACUGUACAUUGAAGAUCGACAGGUUGGAAAGCCCAAGUUUCACUAUGGCAUUAUAAACAAAAGGCCUGGGACCAGCCCUUCUGAAAUUUAUGCUUACACGCUUGAUGAUCACAUGAAAUCCUAAUUGUGUGUAACUUUUGUUGAUAAGUCUGCGCAGAUCCAACUGAGAUUCAUUGCUGCAGCAACCACUGCUGUUGUACAUAUUUUGAUGCGCCUCUGUUUUAACUUGUAAAUGAUGAGCAAGUAAAGCAGUAUCCGAAAAUUUCCUGUAUUUUAUGCAAUUCAAAAGUAAAAUCACUGUCAUUUGAUUCCCUCUAGUGCGGAUGUAUUCCUAGUCUCGGACAGCAUGCUGAAGGGAACGUCCAUUAGGAAUAUUAACUCAAAACAAGGUCCUUCCGCAUUUUCUGCGGAGUUCUGGAUUUACAAAAUACAACUACUUCUGUUGCAAA